UGGGGCCACCACGCGUGCGCGGGCGCUGCAGCUUGGCGAGGAUGGCGGGAGCGCGGCGCCGGCUCGUGUUUCCGCGCGCCUCAAGGGCCCGGCGACUCGGUGCUUUCAAGGCUGGUCUCCUCGUCUUCGCAUCCCUGUGUGCCUGGUACGGCGGGUACCUGCUGGCAGAGCUCAUUCCGGACACAUCCCUGUCCAGCGCCGUCUAUAACAUCCGGAGCAUCGGCAAGAAGCCAGUCCUCAAAGCCCCAGCCCCCAAAAGGCAGAAAUGCGACCACUGGACCGCGUGCCCGCCUGACACCUACGCCUACCGGCUGCUCAGCGGGGGCGGCAGGAACAACUUCGCCAAGGUCUGCUUUGAGGACGAGCUGCUCAUAGGACAAAAGACUGGAGGUGCUUCCCGAGGAAUAAACAUCGCCAUUGUCAACUAUGUAACUGGGAAAGUGAUAGCCACGCAGUGUUUUGAUAUGUAUGAAGGUGAUAACUCUGGACCAAUGACGAGGUUUAUUCAGAGUGCCCCUCCGAAGUCCCUGCUCCUCAUGGUGACCCAUGAUGACGGAAGCACCAGAUUGACCGAGGAUGCCAAGAAGGCCAUAGAAGCUCUCGGAAGUAAGGAGAUCAGGAACAUGCGGUUCAGGUCGAGCUGGGUAUUCCUUGCAGCGAAAGGCUUUGAACUCCCUGCAGGAAUUCAGAGAGAAAAGAUCAACCACUCCAACGACAAGAAGAACAGGUACUCUGGCUGGCCGGCAGAGAUCCAGAUAGAAGGCUGCCUACCCAGAGAGCCCAGCUAGCGCCACUAUGUCCCCAAUAAAUGUGUUUUGUAUGAACAAACGCAGCUGGAAUGGCCCAAGAAUACUAUCCCUUUCAGUCCCACAGGCAGUUUUUAACGGGUGUUUCGAGUUUGUUAUAAACCAGUGAACAUUUGCUAGCGGUGUCCAAUCUUGGCACACCGUACGUUUAUGGCGGCAUUUGUAGGGCGAAGAUAUCGAUAAGCGGGAAAACGGAGAUGCACGGGAACUCUUACAGGGAAUGGCGUGAUUCAAGCUGGACAGGAGUGCGGGGGGAGAGCCGCUGCUACCCGCCCAGCUGUGGAGCCACGUUGCCAUCGGAUCUGAGUGUGACCCUGCGUGCAGCUCUGCGGAGGGAAACCUGUGUCCCGUUGUCACGGAGCACAGCCUGGUUUCCGACAGACAUCUGCUAGAAGGAGGAGCUGCGGUCUGCAGGGCGCAGGCGGCCUCCUGGGUCGACCCAAGCAGAGCCUCCUGAUCUUUUCCUGUGGGCCUCGAGUUCGUCCAUUCCUUCAUUCCCCACAGCUAGGCGCCUCCUGCCCUCCGGCCCGGGGUGCCGUGGUGAACGGACGCAGUUCCCGGUGUUGCCGGCUGUUGGGGUGGGGAGGGAGGCCCUGUACGUCUCAGGCGCUGUAGGAGACCCGGCGUCGAUCCAAGACUCCACGUACCCCGCGCUCAGGGAAGCGGCGUGUCCACGAUGUGUGUGAUCGGGCUUAAGGAAAUAAAUGUGCUGGGACGAAGAGUCGCUGCCCCUUGUCCACUGCGCCCUCCUUCCCAGGCCCGGCCGUCAGAAGGCCGCGAGACUUGAUGCCUGGUUACUGUCACCUCUCUCUGCCUGAGUUAGCUGAUCCGUAACACAGAGGAGUUGGGGUGGAUGAAUGGUUUGGGAGCGUUUUUUGUCUGCAGGAUAUUUUAAAAAUCCAUGGUGGCACCUGGCACCCUGAAUUUCAGCCUCCGUGCAACAAACCGCCCCGAAUCUCAGUUGAUUUCUCGUUCACGUUCCACGUGGGCCACAGGCAAGCCGUGGCUUGACUGUCGUCCCCUCCCUGAGAGCACGGGGCACUGCCAGCCCCAGGCCGGUCCCAUGCCGCUGGCCGAGUCAGGUGCCCCCACAUGUCCCCUGCCUGGUGGGGACCCUGCUAGUCGCCCCUCACACCAGCCCCGGGACGGGGUCACCACAAUUAGGUCCAGUGGAGCAGGUGAGGCACCGAGAGGCCAGGGGCAAAAAGCCAGGCCACGGACGGGAGGGCGCGGCCGGACCGGAAUAGCCCCCUGCCCCUCGCUCUGCUGGGGCACCCACGCCCGGUAGGAGCUCCGCUGUCUGCAGCCCCUCGCCGUGUCCUCUGUGUCAUUCCCCAGGGAAACCCCCGCGUGACCUCUGUCUGGGGCUCCAGGUGGCAGAGGGCAGGAGCCGGGCAUGCGCGCUUUGGUCUGGCGUCUUUGUCAGGCUGCACCUGUCGGAGCGCUCUGCCCAGCGGCCGUGGCAGAGGCUGGAGCAACUGCAGUUUUCCCUCUCAGAGAACCGGCCUCUGCGCCCCAUCUGCUUAGGGGGUUCCAUUUGCCCCGGGGGGCUAAGGGCUCAGCCUGUCACCAGCACCCAGUGGUGAGAGCCCUGCCCUUUAGGUUUUGCACGCAUCCUUCCCGGGCCAAUGGUGAGGGGUGUGCAGGACGGCUGCAGCCGUGAUGGGGGCAGGUCUGAGCCGCUCCUGUGCUGUGUCCAGCUUCCCGAAGCAGCAGACGCCCCCACCACUCUGCCUGUCCCUAGUGACACAAACACUGCCGCAUGCUGCCUGCUCUCCCACCAACUCCCCCUUACUGCCCUCCGAGCUCUCUGGGGUGACAGGGCUCAGGGACACUGGAGGUCACCUCCCAGUGAUUUCUAAGAUGGAGGUUUUUGAAAAACAUUUUUAAGCUUCUAAAUUUCUUCAAAAGUUACACUUGCCCUCAAGGGAAGUAAGUAAAAUGAAUUAGCAAAGAGGUGCUCAAGACUUUCUUUUUUUUAAUUUACAAUAUUAUUAGGGUAUGAAGUAUGGAAUAUCUGAUUUCCUUAAGAAC